AGCUGCAAAUGCCAACCCAGCUGUUGUGGACUGGGUUAAGGCCGUGUGGGUUUUUUCUUGGCCUGGAGAAGUUGGAGGAAGGACCGUCUGUGGCGUUUAACGUGGUCUCUGGAGCCGACCGUGGGAGGAUCUUGCUGGGCCGUGGGUGCUUGGUGUGGGACUGCAUUGCUCAGAACGUGGCAGGGGAAACACGGACAAAAGGAGCCACCUUGAUUUUCCUUCUUUCUCAUCGGGAAACAAAUACGAAGCCUGUUCUGGCUCAAGAAGACUGAGCUGCCUAUUUGGGACUUCAUCAGGUGUCAGUGGGUCAACUGAGGCAUGGCCACUGGAAAGCCCUGCUGGUUCACGGGGUCCUCCAGGAUGGCUGCUGGAUUCCCGAGGCAAGUGGUAGUGCCUCGUAAUCCGAAGCUAGUCAGAGAGACGGAGAAGCCUGCAACUCUGACUCCCUCUGCCUUCCUGAAGGAGAUGACUCUUAGCACCAAGCAGAGGCUGGCCAGCACUCGGGAGAUGCGGCGGCCCCAGAUUACCCAGCUUCUCGACGUGAGUGAAGCCUCCCGUCAUAAGUUCUCGGCACCUUCCCCGAGACAGCGCUCGUUCCAGCCUUUCCCGUCAGAGGUGGUAUUCCAGAGCUACGUCCCCUAUGAGGUCUAUGAAGUGCCACUGACUCUGAGGAACGAGGACAAGGUUCCUCAGCUGCUGAAGGUCACCUUGGAGAGGUCACCUUAUUUCAAGUUGAUCAGCCACCAUGCCGUGUGCCGCAAAGUACCGCCUGGCAUGCUUGUGACUUUCCACAUCGUUUUCACCCCCAAUGAGAACAAGGAUUAUUUCCACGAGCUCAUCUGCAUCACAGAAAGGGAGAAGUUUGUUGUGCCAAUCCGAGCUAUAGGUGCCCGAGCUAUCCUGGACUUCCCCGACCAGGUGAACUUCUCAGCCUGUCCAGUCAAGUACAGCACCCAGAAAACGCUGCUGGUUCGCAAUGUUGGUAACCGGGCGGCCCGCUACUGCAUCAGCACGCAGAGCCCUUUCUCUGUCGAUCCCUCUGCUGGGACUCUUGGGAUUGGUGAUGCCGUACAAGUAACAGUGGACUUCCACCCACAGAAGACUGGUGAUUAUUCCGGGUCCCUGACAGUACACUACGACACAGGUGAAGAUACGCACACAAGCCUUCAUGGAGCCGCUGAAGAUGUCAACAUCAGGCUGGACAGAAACUCCUUGGCAGUUGGGAAGACCUACAUCACGCUGUCAAAUCACAGAUGUGUGGUCAUCCACAACCGGAGUAAAAUCAUAGCCCACUUCCAGUGGAAGGCUUUUCUUACUCAAGAGGAGGAGGAUCAGGAGAAGCUGAGGCGCUGUCGCAAGCUGCAGAAGCAGGAGGAGAAUGAGAGGAAUUCUUUUCUCAAGCAGCGCGCGGUGGACCCCACGCUCCAAGAACGCCUUGCCCUUCUCUCCCGUGCCUUCCAGAACCAGAGGGCAAAGGUGCAGGAAGACUCUAUGCUUUUCUCUGAUGAUAUUUUUGCCAUUGAGCCAGUGGAGGGAGAUGUCUGGCCAAAUUCUUCAAUUGAAAUUAAGGUGAUCUUCAAACCCCGAGAAGCCCGAGUCUAUCAACAAACAGCCUACUGCGACAUCUCAGGCUGUGAGACCAGGCUGCCCCUGCGCAUCAAAGGGAGCGGCAUAGGGCCCCAGCUGCGCUUCAGCUUUGACCAGCUGGACAUCGGGAAGGUUUUUGUUGGAUCAGCCCAGAGCUAUGAGGCGAUCCUGUUUAACAAAGGAGUCAUCGAUGCCCCCUUCAGCUUGGUCCCUCCAGGGACGGCUCUGGGCUCCUGCUUCUCCUUCCACCCCCAGGAGGGCAUCAUUUCACCAGAUGGCCUCCAAAUCCUCCGGAUCUCCUUCAGUUCCACCAUCCUGGGGCCAUUCACAGAAGAAUUCCGGUUCAGUGUGGGUGGGUCCCCUGAGCCUGUGACCUUGACUGUCAGGGGCUGUGUCAUUGGACCAACUCUCCAUUUCAAUGUACCUUCCCUCCACUUCGGUGAUGUCUCCUUUGGCUUUCCUCACACCCUGUCGUGUCGCCUCACUAACACCUCCUUGGUGCCUGUGACUUUCAACCUUCGCAUUCCUGGCGAUGGCUCAGGACAGCACAGCAUCACCAGUUUUACUCAGAUUUCAGACAACGCUUGCCCGUCCUGGAGGAAGGGAGCCCAACAUCACGUCGAGCCAAUGGAAUUUACCAUAAUGCCUUGCAAAGGCACCGUCCGCUCCCAAGGAGCCCUGGAUAUCCAGGUCACCCUGUGUUCCAACACGGUGAGGCAAUACGAGCUGGCGCUGGUGCUGGACGUGGAUGGUGUUGGCCAGGAGGUGUUGGCGCUGCCUCUCACAGCCAGAUGUGUGGUUCCUCCGCUGCACGUGCUCAGCCCUGUUCUGAGAUUCGGACGGUGCUUUCUGAAAUUCCCUUACGAGCGGACACUGACCCUUCUGAAUGACAGUGAUCUUCCAGGCUGCUAUGGAGUCCUUCCUCAGGUUUGGCAUUGCGAGGAUGCUGCUGUGUGGUACUCCAGCCCUGUGCCGUGUGGGAUUAUCCAGCCUCACAGCUCGGUGGAGAUCCCGUUUACGCUGGAAGCCCAGGCGAUGGGAAGGCAGGACACUAUUGCUAGUGUCUCAGUGUUUGGGAAUGAAAGAUCCCCGCUGAAUGUGUCUUUAGUGAGCGUUGGAGAAGAACCGGUUGUCUAUGUGCAUCCGAGGGAGAUAAAUUUCGGCAGUAUUCAAGUUCUACAAGAUGCGUCCAAAAGUCUCCACCUCUCCAAUCAGGCUGUCAUCCCUGCAUCCUUCUGUGUAGAGAUGGCUGGCAAACGCUCGCGCUGGAGGAUUGAACCCAGUAAAGGAGUGAUCCCCCCCGAGAGCGAGGUGUCUGUGGCCAUCAUAGCAAACUUGGACGACACCGAGAGAUUUGAGGAUGAGGUGAAGGUGUCCAUAGAGAACAGCCACACCUACGUCAUCCCCGUCCAGGCUGUCGGCACGGGCACAACGAUUGUCACCGACAAACCCAUUGCUCCGGAGCUCAACUUGGGCCUCCGCUUCAGGUAG